AUGUUAGGACCUCUAGCCCUGGGAGCCAUCUGCUUGCUUGCCUUCUUGAUCGUCGUCCUGAGCAACGGCGGUCUCCGUACGGAGGCCAGCAUGUCCGCGUCCGCAUUCUCACUUGACGACUACGAGGACGGCAGCGACGACGACGACUCGUCGUCUUUCUCCUUCACCUUCCCUGAGACCCAGACACGCGGGCUGGCGUUCGGGUUCUACGACGAGACGUGCCCGGGCGCCGAGGAGAUCGUCUCGUCCACCGUGCGGAAGCUCUACCACGCUGACCCCAACGUCGCUGCCGCGCUCGUCCGCCUCUUCUUUCACGACUGCUUCAUCCACGGCUGCGACGCCUCGGUGCUCCUGGACCGCAUCAACGGCCGCAAGUCGGAGCGGGACGCCGCCCCGAACCAGUCGCUUCGAGGCUUCGGCGCCGUCGAGGCGAUCAAGGCGAGGCUGGAGGCGGCGUGCCCCGGGACCGUUUCCUGCGCGGACAUCCUGGCCCUCGCCGCGCGGGACAGCCUCGUCCUGGUGGGCGGGCCGAGCUACCCGGUGCUCACCGGCCGCUGCGACAGCUCCGAGAGCUUCUACGACGAGGUGGGCGCGCACUUCCCGGCCCCGAACGCCACCUACGCCAUGACGCUCGACGCGUUCGCGCGCCGCGGCUUCACGGAGCGAGAGACCGUCGCGCUCUUAGGAGCGCACAGCAUCGGGAAGGUGCGGUGCAAGUUCUUCAAGGACAGGAUCUACAACUUUGCCGGGACCGGCGAGCCGGACGACUCCAUCGACCCGGACAUGGUCGGCGAGAUGCGCGCUGCGUGCGGCGGCGACAGCGACGGCACGGCGCCGAUGGAGAUGGGGUACUAUAGGCGGGGCAGGGAGGUGGGUUUCGGCGCGCACUACUACGCGAAGCUGCUGGAGGGCCGGGGCAUCCUGCGCGCGGACCAGCAGCUCACGGCGGGGAGCACCGUCCGGUGGGUGCGCGUUUACGCGUCCGGGGGGCGCGGCGAGGAGGUGUUCCGCGAGGACUUUGCGCACGCCAUGGUUAAGCUUUCGGCGCUCGCGCCGCUCACCGGGUCAGACGGGCAAGUUCGGAUCACCUGCUCAAUGCCCGUCGAGGACUCUGAACCGUAACUUGUAUAUGCAUGCUGGUAUAAUGAACUAGUGCUAA